AUGAGGCAAAAUACUGAGAAGCCCCAGUUCACUCCCAUUCCAAUGACAUAUAAGGAGCUGUACCAGAAUUUAUUUAAUGCGUAUGUUGUCGCUCCUCGUUACUUGAGUCCUCUACAACCCCCAUAUCCAAAAUGGUAUGAUACAAACGCUCAGUGUGACUAUCAUGCCGGAAUUUCAGGACACUCAAUAGAAAAUUGUACUGCUUUCAAGAAGGUAGUGGAAGGACUUAUCAAAUUGGGCGUUGUCAAAUUUGGUGAUUCACCUAACACGGAAAGUCCGUUGCCCAAUCAUGAUGAAGGGGUGAACGCGAUAAUUGAGAAUGGAGGAAGGAGAGUCAAAGCCAAUGUAGCAGAGAUAAGGACCCCCCUUGAAUGGAUUUGGAAGCAAAUGGUGAAAGGGGGUCGCAUCAAGCAAGAUUCAAUAGAAAGGCCUGAAGGAGCAAGUAAGUUUUGUGAGUUCCACGCAGAAGAAGGCCACGACAUCCAAAAAUGUACCGAAUUCAGAACCAUGGUGCAAAACUUAAUGGAUAACAAAGAGUUGGAGUUUUACGAAGAGAUUAAUGAACUAGAAGAAGGAGAAGUUUAUGCUGCAGAAGAAGGAUCCACGGGGAAAGUCCAAAAGGCUAGCCACCCAGUGGUAAUUAUUUCAAAACCAAUGAGCAGAGAAUCUGGAAUUCAAAUAGCGCCAAAGAUCAUAAUCCAAAAACCUGUAUCCUUUCCUUACAAGGAUAGCAAAAAGGUUCCUUGGAAUUACGACUGCAAUGUGACAAUUUCAGGGAAAGAAAGCUUGGUAAACGCUUCAGGAAAAGAUGAAGGAUUCUAUACACGAAGUGGAAAACGCUAUGAUCCGGCAAACGCGAGAGUGGAAUCCGGAAAAGGAAAAGCCUUAGCGGUUGAGUUGGGAAAAGCAAAAACAGACAAAAUUAAACCGCGAGUCAAUCAGCCGGUAACUGAAAAUGAGGCUAGAGAAUUUCUAAAAUUCUUGAAACAUAGCGAGUACAGCGUGGUAGAACAAUUGCAUAAACAACCGGCUCGUAUCUCGGUGCUCGAAUUGCUUAUAAGUUCAGAGAUACGUCGUAAUGCGUUGAUUAAUGUGCUAAAUGAAACUUAUGUCGCUCACGAUAUCUCAGUGAAUAGGUUGGACCGCUUGGUUAACAAUAUCAGUGCCGACAAUUUCAUUUUCUUUAAUGAUGAUGAAAUACCGCCGGGGGGAAGAGGAGCCACCAAAGCAUUACAUAUCUUUGCUCGUUGCGGGAGUAUCGUUAGCGAGUGCUAA